AUGGACUUUAAUGAAGCGAAGCGCGAGCUCAAGAAACUUCUGAAACUCACGCGCCCCGAGCACGUGGGCAGAUUGCUGCAAUGGGUCACGAGUGCAGAGGAGGUGGACUCGUUGCUCAGAGACAACAGGAGUGUGAUCUUGGAGAACAUCUCAGAGGAGCUCAGGGCCUCACUGCCUCCAGACGCUAUGUUCCCCUCAGAGAGCUUUACCUACAACAAGAUGCAGGCGUGUGCACGAAGGACUGUGCACGUGGACGGCUUCCUGUUUGAUGAGAACAUUGUGGAUUCAAUGUGUGAAGAGGGGACGUUCAGCCGCAACUACUGUCUGCAGUGUGGAUCCACCAGGACCAGAGGACUGGGUCAGGACCAGGACCAAGGGGUUUGGUUAGGACCUGAGGACUAG